AUGCCUUCGAAGCUACACGACGAAGAGAGUGGUGCCAAGUGCCAUCACCCACCUGCCUCUGAGCUGCAGCGCCAGUUGGAAGAUAUGAACACUCUGGUUGCCCUGCUGCAGAUAGUUGACGAGUUUAACUGGAAAAUCUUGGAAACACCAGAAAAUGAGGUUGAACGCCUUCGUAACCACUUAGUCUCCGCCGGGCGACUUGUAGCAGAUGUGGUUGCUGUUGUCCGAGGGGAAUUAGUUGCUCUACGUGUUGCUAUGGGAUCUUAA